CUCUCCUGCCCGAAAAAUAUCGGCUCAACGUUCCGCCUGGUCGACAGUCCUGGACAGACCAGACUGCCCUGGUUGAAUCCACGCUGUGCUUUGACGCUGUCUUCGUGGAACGACGCAUUGACAUAUUAAUAUUGUAGGAAUGUCAUGGAAGCCAUCAUACGACUCGCGGGAAUCACUCCCUUGCGCAAAAUGAUGAUUAUCUAAUUUAUGGAUUACGAAGCAUAGCUGGGCUGCGUCUAGGGUCGGCAAUUCAAAAGCAUCAUGCCAGGGCAUUCUGUAUGUGACUGGCUGAUCGACGACGUACGCUACGCGAUCUUUAUUGACGACACAGAACCGUUUUCAAAUGAGUAAUCUCAAGACUCGUUUGUUUGUCGAUGUCGGUGCACCGACGAUCCUAGCCAUCGACUGCUUGCUUGGUAGUCAACAGCAAUGCUCUCGAAUGCUCGACGACGAGGACUCGUUUGCGCUGUGCUAGACUCGUAUGUCAGCCUUCAGCCGAGUUGGAGGUUAUAAAGACAAUGUCUCUAUCUGUGAGACAAACCGCAACAAACUCAGAACUCAGUGGUGCAAAGAGUUUCCCGACGCUCUUCGAUUUUCACCAAAUGGCGCGGCACAUCUUGCAAAGACUAUCUGUACACUGCUCCUACCUCUGUGACAACGAGGAUUUAUCGGAUACAGACGACUCCCUCCCAUUUAUCGACGUGGCAAGACUUUCUCCACCGCCAAACGGAGUCAUGGAACUCCGCUUUAACAGCGAGCAGGACGACUAUUGCCUCGCUGUAUCGCUUGCAGACCCCGAUUGGACUAGCACGAGUGGGAAGAGCACGCUCCCUGCAUCACCGACGCGACGAACCCCCUGGCAGCAAGCCCCUUCCUCCCCUCUUACGGUCCACUUCACUUUGCGAGCAGCGGUCAAAACAUGUCCUGGCAGCCGCCCACGUUACCUCCUGCACACCAUACCUAUUCAACAGGAAUCGCCCUUCGAAGGUUACACUGUACAGCAGCCCCUUACCUCCCUGGUGCUGUACAAUUUACCAGCAAGUACCCGGAUCGGUACGCGAUUAUUUUGGAGCGCAUCGGUGAAUGGCGAAGCCGUCCGUGCCUGGCACUCGCCAGAUGGGCCGUUCGUGGCUGAUGGAUUCCGAGCCGACCUGAAUGGACUGAUCACGAUUAGCCUAAUAGCCCUCUGA